AAAGUCAAUUGGUAGGGCGACCGCCAUUAUACCUAUUCUGGAAGCAGUGUGGAAUGAUGAAAUCAAGAUGGGUGGUCCCCCCAGUACGGCCGAUGAAGCCCUGAGCCACGGGUCACCCUAUCUGGCCUUGGUGCUUCAUUUGAUCGCAGGUUCGCUGUAAUUUGUCCGGCCCGCCGGGAUGGGUCCUGGAUCACCUAUCUCGCUGGCCUUCUCCUCCCUCGAGAGCUGCAAUCAAUCACAUCCCAGUUCGGACGCUGGCCGCUGAUUGAUCCCAAGGCUGGCUGCGGCGCUUUCCCCUGGCAGAUGCGUCGAAUCCCCCAAAACUUAUCACCUUUAAGAUGUUGAGAAACAGCAGCAUGGCAAUACUAGGUCCGGAAUAUGGACGGAGCUUUGCGAAGGAGACGUGGACACUCUACGCCGUGGGCAUGUUGGGCGUUCUGCUGCGAUUUGUGGCACGAAUACGUCGAUUAGGGAUCACGAACCUCCAAACGGAUGACUACCUGAUGGUCUUUGCGGUUGUCUGGUACACUAUACUAUGCGUUGCCUUGAACCAAGUCGCCUCCGGUGGGGGGUCGAAUCUGAUGGACGAGAAGGAUAUCCAGGAUCUGACUCCCGCUAUAAAGGCUGAGCGAGAGCGAGGGAGUAAAUGGGUCUAUGUGUCUGAGCAUGCAUUUAUCCUAGCAAUCUGGGCAAUGAAGGCCUGUAUGCUGGUGAUAUAUGCCCGUCUCACGUAUGGAAUACCGCCCCAGUUCCCAUGCUAUACGAAGCUCACACAACCCACAGCGAAGGCUUGCGACAACGGAAAUGGGUCAACUACCUUGCCAUAUACAUCGCGCUAG